AUGGUGGAGAAGUGCUCCCCCGGCAAACGCCGGGCGCCCGACAAGGAUGGCAAUGCGGCAGCAGAUGCAGCCAGGGUUUCGCCUGUUGAGCAUGAGCUACUCGACCUGGCCAUCAUGUGGUUCCGUCGGGACCUGCGCCUGGCGGACAAUCCUGCCCUCGCAGCCACGGCCCGCAUGGCCAAGAGAGUGCUCCCGGUGUACAUAUGGUCCCCCGAGGAGGAGGGCCAGUUUCAGCCGGGCACCUCCUCACGCUGGUGGCUGGCCGCCAGCCUGGCAACACUGGCCGCCGACCUGGCCGCGCUGGGCUCCCGCCUGCUCCUCCUCCGCGCCUCCGACUCCGGCGCCGCGCUGUGUGAGCUGUGUCGCGACACCGGGGCCCGCGCCGUGGCCUUCAACCACCUCUACGACCCCGUGUCCAUGUGUCGGGACGCCGAGGCACGCGCCGCGCUGGCCGCCCUGGGCGUGGCCUGCCACCCGCUCCCCGCUGACCUCCUGUGCCAGCCCUGGGAGGUGCUGCGCGCCGACGGCCGGCCCUUCUCCGACUUUGCCAGCUUCUGGGAGGCGCACCGCCGCUGCCUCGUGGACCGCGCCAAGGGCGACCGGCCCUCCACCUCCCACCUCUCCCCCCACCUGCACUACGGCGAGGUCAGCGCGCGCCAGGUGUUCGCGGCGGCGGUGGGCGCAGGCGAGGCGCGGCGCGCGCCGGACUCGCUGCAUGCCUUCCUGCGCCAGCUGGCCUUCCGCGAGUAUGGGCGGUACCUCGCCUUCCACUACCCCUUCACUCUGGACCAGCCCAUGCUGGGGCAUCUGCAGGCCAUGCCCUGGCACUACGACGCCUGGAAGCGGGGCCAGACGGGGUACCCCGUGGUGGACGCCAGCAUGCGCCAGCUCUGGUCCACGGGCUGGAUCCACCACCGCGGCCGCGUGGUCUGCGCCUCCUUCCUAGUGAAGAACCUGUUGCUGCCCUGGCAGUGGGGCCUGAAGCACUUUUGGGACACCCUCAUCGACGCCGACCUGGAGUCCGACAGCCUGGGCUGGCAGUACUGCGCCGGCUGCCUGCGCGAUGGCCAUGCCCUGUCCCACAUGGUGGACCUGGCAGAGGAGGCCGCGCGGUACGACCCCGGCGGCGCCCACGUCCGGCGCUGGAUACCCACCCUGGCACGCCUGCCCAACUCCCACAUCCACUCGCCCUGGACCGCGUCCCCAGACCUGCUGGCGGCCGCAGGCAUCCAGCUGGGGGAGGACUACCCCUUCCCAGUGCUGGACAUGCCCAGCAUGCGCAGCACGCUGGAUGCGGCCGCCAAGGCCAUGGACGAGGCCGCGGCGGAGGAGGCGGCGGCGGAGGGCGGGCGGCGGCCCAGCCAGGGGCCCUUCCGCCCGUCCACGCGGCGCCCAGACCUCACCACCUGCUCGGCCCUCCCCGCUUUUGCCGGGGCCCAGCACUCCAUAGGGACCGUCAUGAACAGCCUAGACAACCAGGCCAGUUUCUCAGUGACAGUCGACUCCUCAGAUGGUGUUGCAACGGAGCUGGGCGCCGCCACCGCUGGUUGCCAGCUUUCGGAUGGCACCCAGUAG